UGUUCUUCCUGUGCAACGUUGUCGAGCACUCGCAGUUAUACCAGCUCCGUAUCUCCCUAGCUUUCUGUACCAGCUCUCGGUCUCUGUUUUUUCAGUAUCUUAGCUUAAUCAUGGGGAACGGCGCCAAAGCUGCACAAAAGCGUGAACGCAAUGCUGGAAAAAACGCAGACAAAGGCCCUACAAGUAAGACCAAGGUUAAUGAAGCGGCGAAGAACAUUGUUUGCCAGACUUGCAGACAGACCUUCCUACUCACCACCCGUGCACCAGCACUAGAGGAGCACGCCCAGAACAAGCACUCAAAAACAUUGGCAGAAUGUUUCCCGAACUUUACCAAGUAGGAUGCGUCCGA